AUGCCUGCACUACAGACCACCGAGUUCGACGUAGUCGCUACAUACAAGCGCCUUCUGGCCGACGACCCAGAGAUCACCAUGCCCGUCGCCGCAAUCGAAGCCCUCAUCCACGGCCUCGCCAGCACACCCUCCACCACCGUCUCCGAAACCCUCGACCUCGUCUCCAGCCUCACCACCCAACUCAAAACUUCCAUUCCCAAUUCCAUCUCCCUCUCCGCGGGAACGGACAUUUUCCAACAAUACCUCAUCGCCAACCUCAACAGACAAACCUCUUCCUCCUCCUCCUCCUCCGACAACGAUUUCUCCCAGAUCCGAAACCACCUCGUGCAGAACGGGAAACUCUUCGUCGCGAGAGCCAAAGCAUCAAGGGAGACCAUCGCUUCUUUCGGACGACAGUUCAUCAGAGACGGGAACACGAUCCUCACCAACGGCGGGUCGCGAGUCGUCGGCGCUCUGCUCAAUUCCGCGGCAGAAGCGUCCAACGACAGCGGAAGAGGCAGUCUGCGCUUUCGCGUGAUUUACAUCGUCUCCUCCGAUUCCCCGGAUACCGAAUCCCAUUCCAACAUCGCCGCGCUUCGCGAGAGGGACAUCCCCGUCGCUACCAUCCCUCCCACCGCAAUCGCGUUCUGCCUCGACCAGAUCACCCAAUGUUUCGUCGGCGCGGAAGGGGUAGUAGAAAAUGGCGGGAUAAUCAGCAGGAUGGGAACGUAUCAGAUAGGAAUGUUGGCCAAAGCAGCGGGGAAGCCGUUCUACGUGGUAGCGGAGAGUCACAAGUUUGUGAGGUUGUAUCCGUUGGGACAACACGAUUUCGGGAUCGUGCAGAAUGUGGUGGACUUCAGGACGGCUAAGGAUGGAGCGACCAAGUCGCAAGCCGCAGAUGAAAUGGCUGCGUGGGUGCCUGAAGAUGCUGUGGAUUAUACUCCUCCGGACUUGAUAUCGGGCAUCAUUACAGAGUCAGGCGUGCUGCUGCCUAGUGCAGUCUCAGAGAGACUGAUCGAGAUCUGGUUCUAA